AAAGUGUGUUCAUUGCAUGCUCUCUAGAAUUUGCAUCAGUGGGCAUUUGCACCAAAGUGGAUGCAUCAGUUGAGACCAUGGCAUUUAUUUUUGGGUUUUUUUAAUAUCCUUUUUGCAAUUUUUUUGCACUUCUACGCUCCCAUGCACUAAUAAUACAUGGGGUCAUAAUUCCAAUGGAUGAAUAACCAGAUAGUUUUGGUGCUAAAUCCAAUGAUGUUUAGCACAAGAACAGCUCUUUCUUUCUGCAGUAUAUAUUCUAAACUUCAUUGGAAACUUUAAUUGCACUGGUGAGAAUCAUGACAGAAAGUUUGAGUAUUUCAUAAUACCAAAGUUAGACCUUUAUUUUAUAAUAGUAAAUACUGGUGGCUCCUGAUAUUAUUUCCACAAUUAUUUGUUCCUUUAGAUGGCAAUCAAGCGUAGACUUUUGGUUCUAUCUAUUUGCUGGAGGAAACACCAUAAACAACGAAUUAGUCAGCGUCACCAUGGCUGUUAUCAUUCGUCAUUUUCAAGCACUUUAUCCAUACAACGGGAAAUACAUGCUUCCCGCGUUUUCAGAACGCAAUUCUGUUGUUAAACUGGAAAUAUAUUUAAGGCACAGCAUAAAUGUGGAUUUAUUAAAAUGACGCAAACCUAUUUGUCAUUUAUUCUUUACACAUGAACAUUUCUGCUCAUGUAGCUAAAAUAACUGGAGUUUUGUUUGGAGGUACAGCAUAGAAACAAGCCCUUCGCUUCGGCCCACUGAGUCCACACAGAUAAUUGAUCACCCGUUUACACUAGUUCCAUGUUAUACCACUUUCUCUGCAAAAUUUUACAGGGACCAAUUAACCUACAAACCCGCACAUCUUUGAGAUGUGGAAUGAAACCGGAGCACCCUGUGGAAACCCCACGGCCACAUGGAGACCGUACAAACCCCACACAGACAGCAGCUGAGUCAGGGUCGAACCCGGGUCUUUGGAGCUGCGAGGCAGCAACUGCGCCACUGUGUCAGGGCCCUGAUUAUUGAAUGAUUUACGUUGGACUCUAAUAAUUAUCAUUUUACAAUGUAAUUUUCAUUUUUAAUGUUUAAAAACGUAAUAUCGCUGUGUUAUAUACUAGUGGGAUUAUAUUUAUAAAUGUAGAAAACAUACGAAGUGUAACAUAUAAUUACCGGGAACAAAACCAUUUAUUAUGUUUUGAUCAGUUUUGAUAAGACUGAUAAUUAAGCAACGGCCGUCAUUAUAAGGUAUUAGCGUGCUAAAUCCUCUGCAGCACGCGUCUUGCCACUAAAAGCUUUCUGCCCCACCUUGUUCUUGAGCGUGGGAGCAGAAUGACAGAUCGGAGCGGUUGUCCGUCCACCAUUCUGCACUGUGCGUGAUCACAUCAGCGUGUUGUUGUCGGGCACUGACGCCGGCUCCCGGACUAGCUGAGUGGAGGACCGCCUGUGCCGACAGCGGCUGCCGCAGUCACCCGGGCGCACGGACAUACAGCCAGGGUUUUGGCAACGCCACAAGGUCAAGCUCUAUCUACACCCCCUCCCCCCAAAAAAGUCAUCCUCCAUCAACCACCUCAUUAUCCCUCCCCGAGCUUUCAUCAGCCGAGUACAAAAACAACCCAGUCAAAGGAGAGCAAAGCCAGGGAAGCAGACGCUGCAGCGAGCGAGGGCGAGAGAGCGCGGUGCAGACGUGCUGCCACAGAUCGCCUUUCACAACAGACUGAGGGAGUGAAGAAAAUGGCUUCUUCUCCACCCUCCGCCUCUUCCUCCUCCUCCUCCCCGCAGGGAGGCGGUACUUCUCCAAACCCGCCAGACCGCAUUCGCCAGCAAGGUGGGAGUGAAAUACCCCCCAUUCCCCGGGAGAGGUUGUCACGUCACAGGGUAACUUUCCAGGAUCAGAUGGUCCCAAGUCGUCAGGAGUCUGACAGCAAUGCAAGCUUCCUCCGUGCUGCAAGAGCAGGAAACCUUGACAAAGUGCUUGAAUUCCUCAAAGGAGGCAUAGAUAUCAACACAUCGAAUCAGAAUGGCCUCAAUGCAUUGCACCUGGCAGCAAAGGAAGGACAUGUGGAUCUUGUGCAAGAGCUUUUGGAGAGAGGUGCAUUGGUUGAUUCAUUAUCAAAGAAAGGAAAUUCGGCCGUGCACAUUGCAUCUCUGGCUGGACAAAUCAAUGUGGUCAGAACGCUUAUGAAGCAGGGUGCCAACAUCAACUUACAGUCUCAGAAUGGCUUCACACCACUCUAUAUGGCUGCCCAGGAAAAUCACAUUGAUGUUGUCAGGUUCCUGCUGGAAAUUGGAGCUAACCAGAGCACAGCCACUGAGGAUGGGUUCACUCCCCUAGCUGUUGCGCUGCAACAGGGUCACAACCAAGUCGUUGCUAUUUUACUGGAGAAUGACACAAAGGGAAAGGUGCGCUUACCGGCCCUGCAUAUUGCUGCACGGAAAGAUGAUACCAGAUCCGCAGCUUUGCUGUUACAGAAUGACCACAAUGCCGAUGUACAGUCCAAGAUGAUGGUGAAUAGAACCACAGAGAGUGGUUUCACUCCUCUUCACAUUGCUGCCCACUAUGGAAACGUGAAUGUAGCUACUCUGCUGUUAAACCGAGGAGCUGCUGUGGAUUUCACAGCCCGGAAUGGAAUUACUCCUCUACAUGUAGCUUCCAAACGAGGGAAUACUAAUAUGGUGAAACUGUUACUGGAUCGUGGAUCCCAUAUAGAUGCUAAAACAAGGGAUGGGCUGACCCCACUGCACUGUGCAGCCAGGAGUGGACAUGAUGGAGCUGUGGAGAUUCUGCUCGAGAGGGGAGCCCCAAUGCUUGCCAGAACAAAGAAUGGAUUGUCACCGCUCCAUAUGUCUGCCCAAGGAGAUCAUGUGGAAUGUGUCAAGCAUCUGCUGCAGCACAAGGCACCUGUUGAUGAUGUUACACUUGACUAUCUCACUGCAUUGCACGUGGCUGCUCACUGUGGUCACUACAGGGUCACCAAGCUCCUCCUGGACAAGAGAGCCAAUCCCAAUGCCCGGGCACUGAAUGGCUUUACCCCACUGCACAUUGCAUGUAAGAAAAACCGUGUUAAAGUCAUGGAACUUCUUGUGAAGUACGGGGCCUCAAUCCAAGCCAUAACAGAGUCUGGCCUUACACCAAUACAUGUGGCUGCCUUCAUGGGCCACUUGAAUAUUGUCCUCCUUUUGCUGCAGAAUGGAGCAUCUCCAGAUGUGUCUAACAUUCGUGGGGAAACGGCCCUGCACAUGGCGGCACGAGCUGGACAGGUGGAAGUAGUGCGCUGCCUACUGCGCAAUGGAGCCCAGGUGGAUGCUAAAGCCAGGGAGGAUCAAACUCCUUUACACAUUGCCUCAAGGCUGGGUAAAACUGAAAUAGUGCAGCUGCUGCUGCAGCACAUGGCGUUUCCAGAUGCGUGCACCACCAAUGGCUACACCCCACUGCACAUUUCUGCAAGGGAGGGUCAGGAGGAUGUGGCUUCCAUUUUGCUCGAGGCAGGUGCUUCACACUCAUUGGGCACAAAGAAGGGAUUUACCCCACUACAUGUCGCAGCUAAGUACGGAAGCCUAGAUGUGGCAAAACUCCUUCUGCAGCGCUCAGCUUCUCCAGACUCUGCUGGCAAGAACGGCCUAACCCCUCUCCACGUUGCUGCUCAUUAUGACAACCAGAAGGUGGCAUUAUUGCUGCUGGAGAAAGGUGCCUCUCCUCAUUCCUCCGCAAAGAAUGGCUACACACCUCUGCACAUUGCUGCCAAGAAGAAUCAGAUGGAAAUUGCUACAACCUUACUGGAAUAUGGAGCGGAGACUAAUGCAUUAACAAAGCAGGGGGUUACUCCCCUUCACCUGGCAUCGCAGGAGGGACACGUGGAAAUGGUUACAUGUCUGAUGGAUAAAAAUGCCAAUGUCAGUGUGGCGACAAAGAGCGGACUGUCGGCAUUGCACAUGGCAGCUCAGGAAGACAGGGUUAAUGUUGCAGAAAUCCUUGUAAAACAAGGUGCAAAUCUUGACGCACAGACCAAGGUGGGCUAUACGCCACUGAUUGUGGCAUGUCACUAUGGAAACAUCAAGAUGGUGAAUUUUCUCCUGCAACAUGGUUCCAAUGUCAAUUCCAAAACUAAGAAUGGAUACACACCUUUGCACCAGGCAGCACAGCAGGGCCACACUCACAUCAUCAAUGUCCUCCUUCAACAUGGAGCCAGAGCCAAUGCCAUUACUGCAAACGGCAACACUGCCUUGGCAAUUGCAAAACGCCUUGGAUACAUCUCUGUGGUUGAUACGCUGAAGGUUGUCACUGAAGAGGUCACUACCACUACAACUACUGUAACUGAAAAACAUAAGCUGAAUGUCCCUGAGACAAUGACUGAGAUCCUGGAUGUGUCAGAUGAGGAAGGAGAUGACACAAUGACAGGUGAUGGAGGAGAGUACCUUAGACCAGAGGACCUAAAAGAGCUUGGAGAUGAUUCUCUUCCCAGCAGUCACUAUCUGGACAAUAUGAUGUACAGAGGAUUAGGACGUCUUGGAGAGCGCUCAGACAGCCUGCGAUCCUUCAGUUCAGACAGGUCCAACACACCAAGCCAUGGUCCGUACUACAGAGACAGUGCCAUGAUUGAAGAGUUAAUCACAGCUACAAGUAACCAGGUAGCUCUGGCUAAGUGCCCAGAGAAGGACUCCACACAUCGCUUAAAUUGGGAAACGGAGAACUUGGACAAUGUGGCACUCUCUUCCAGCCCAAUACAUUCAGGCUACUGGAGCAAGAUGGUGCAAGACAUAGGAACCUUACAGCCAGCAGGCUAUUCUUCUCCAGUCGCUGACAGUGAAUCAAGCUUUCUGGUUAGUUUCAUGGUGGAUGCUCGGGGAGGAUCUAUGCGAGGCUGUCGCCAUAACGGACUUCGCAUUAUCAUUCCCCCUCGGAAAUGCACAGCUCCAACCCGUGUCACUUGCCGCCUGGUUAAACGUCACAGACUGGCCACAAUGCCUCCUAUGGUGGAAGGAGAGGGUCAUGCCAGCAGGUUAAUUGAAGUUGGACCAUCAGGUGCUCAAUUCCUUGGUAAACUGCAUCUUCCUAAUUCUCCUCCCCCUCUAAAUGAGGGAGAAAGCUUGGUUAGCCGAAUCCUGCAGCUUGGGCCAUCAGGAACCAAAUUCCUUGGGCCUGUGAUUGUGGAGAUUCCACAUUUUGCAGCCGUACGUGGGAAGGAACGAGAGCUGGUGGUGCUGCGCAGUGAAACUGGAGAGACGUGGAAGGAGCAUCAGUGUGAAUAUACUGAGGAAGAGCUGAAUGAAAUAUUGAAUGGAAUGGAUGAAGUACUUGAUAGUCUAGAGGAACUUGACAGAAAACGUAUUUGCCGUAUCGUUACCAGGGACUUCCCACAAUACUUUGCAGUAGUGUCCAGAGUCAGACAGGACAGUAACCUGAUUGGACCAGAAGGAGGUGUGCUGAGCAGCACUGUGGUUCCACAGGUUCAAGCUGUCUUCCCUGAAGGAGCUUUAACCAAGAGGAUUCGAGUUGGACUCCAGGCCCAACCCAUGCAUGUUGAAUUAGUCAAGAAAAUCCUGGGCAAUAAAGCGACUUUUAGUCCAAUAGUCACUCUUGAGCCGAGAAGAAGGAAAUUCCAUAAACCUAUCACGAUGACAAUUCCCAUUCCAAAGUCCUCUACUGACGGAUUAAUGAAUGGUUAUGGUGGAGACACCCCAACUCUCAGGUUACUUUGCAGUAUAACAGGCGGAACAACACCAGCACAAUGGGAAGACAUAACUGGAACAACUCCGUUGUCAUUUGUCAAUGAAUGUGUUUCUUUCACAACAAAUGUGUCUGCUAGGUUCUGGCUCAUAGACUGUCGGCAAAUCCAAGAAUCUGUGAACUUUGCCACACAAGUGUACAGAGAAAUUAUAUGUGUACCAUACAUGGCCAAAUUUGUAGUUUUUGCCAAAUCACUUGAUCCAAUUGAGGCACGAUUGAGAUGCUUCUGCAUGACAGAUGACAAGGUGGACAAAACAUUGGAACAGCAGGAAAAUUUCACAGAGGUUGCUAGGAGCAGAGACGUUGAGGUAUUGGAAGGCAAGCCAAUUUAUGCUGACUGUUUUGGCAACCUUGUGCCUCUUACAAAGAGUGGACAGCACCACCUAUUCAGUUUCUAUGCUUUUAAAGAAAAUAGACUUGCAUUGUUUGUCAAGGUACGAGAUACAACUCAGGAACCUUGUGGAAGAUUAUCCUUCAUAAAAGAACCAAAGUCAGCAAGAGGUCUUGUACAGCAUGCUAUUUGCAACCUAAAUAUCACGCUACCCCUAUACAACAAGGAGUCAGAUUCAGAUCAGGAGCAAGAGGAAGAGGUGACUGGAAAUCAAGAUAAAUAUGAAGAGGAGGAGACUGAAUCUGCUGAGAUUUCUUCAGCCAUAAAAUCCCAUCUUGUCCAUGAUGUUCCUGUGCUGGCCAGCCCAGACUUGCUUUCAGAUGUAUCUGACAUGAAACAAGACUUGAUCAAGGUCACUAAGAUCUUAAAAACAUCAGGAAGUAAAGGAAGCCCAAUAGAGGUGAAAGAAUUAGCAAAAGGAACUGAAGAUGAACCAGGUGAGCCUUUUGAAAUUGUAGGGAAAGUGAAAGAAGACUUGGAAAAAGUGAGUCAGAUUUUAAGAAGCGGAACAUACACGGGUGACGAAUCUCUACAAGAGGCCUUUGGUGAAGAACUCGAAGAAAGCUGGGUAAUUAUCAGCGACGAAGAAAUUGAUGAAGUCAAACGAGAAGUACCAGCAGAGGUCACUGAAUCUUUGUUUGUGGAGCACAGAAUUGACAGAGGGCCCCGAGAAAAGGUUGUGAAAGAUAUGAAUGGAAUGUUGGGCUAUUUAGAAAAUGACCUGGACACAUAUUUAAAGGAAGUAGCGACAGGACCUCCAGCCACUUGUCAAAUGAAUAUCGUCCAAGAAAGUUUUGAAGCAACAUUCAUUACCAAAGAUAUUAAAAAAGGAACUGAUCAGAUGAUUUACAAACCUUCAAGAUCUGAGGAGCUCAGUGAACAAGAGGAAUUGCACAAAGCAAAAGACCAAAGUAAACUUGAUAUGGGAAAGACAAAGCCAGUGUUUCAGAGAUUCAAGGCAGAAAAUACCGCAGUGUAUUUUAAGGAUCCUGCAUUUCAAUCCCAAACGAAAGAAUCAACAAUGGAGCUUAAAAAAGUACAGCAGAAUAUUUACACUGAAUCUGAUUCCACCAAGGAAGAAAUAACAUUAGUGCCUCCAACCAUUGCAGAAUCUACCUCACCUGUGGUAGAAGAAACUCCCAUUGGUUCAAUAAAAGAGAAAGUCAAAGCUCUCCAGAAGCGUGUGGAGGCAGAGGAAGGACAACGAAAACAAGUAAAAUCAGCAGUGAAGGAAGAGAUUUGCAUACCGGUUACUAAACGAGUAUCAUGCACAGAGGCUCCUACUUCCGCUGUUACAGAAAGGCUUGAAGAAACAAUGUCAGUGCGUGAACUGAUGAAAGCAUUUCAGUCAGGACAAGAUCCAUCCAAGAAGAUGACUCGACUCUUCCAACAUGCAUCUGAUGCUUCACAAGCAGAAAAGCAAACUUUAGAAGAAUUAACAAAACCAGAAGUGUCUCAUGAUGUACUCAUAGAAGCAAAAGCAGAUGAUGUAGGAAAGUUCAAGCCACAAGGGCUUUCACAGGAUACAUUGCGUAUAGAUCAGAAUGGAAUAGCUGCAAUUAGUUCAGUAACACAAGGCACGAGGGAAAUUAGUAGGGAAAGGAAAAGAAUACCAUCAAGCAAAGAUAAGAAGGUACUCACAAUUGAAAGAGGUGAUGCAAGUUCUGAAACAUCAGAAAACUUUGAGUCAGUUUUUGCCGAAGAUCAUGAGAAGCAAACUGAGAUACACAGCAGCAGAAUUACUGUGACUAGCGAUUUACAGAUCAGUCCAGACAGGAAGACAUCCACUGAUUUCACUGAUGUCAUUAAAGCGGAAUUAGAAGAUAACGACAAAUAUCAACAAUUUAGGAAAACCUCAGAUACUCCAGAUGCUGAACUUUACCUUGAACAGGUAGUGACAAGCCCAGUUCAUCAUCACCUGAACAUUAGUUUUCCACCACAGUAUGUGAAAAAUGGAUUUACACCAGAUGUAACAUUACAAAAUGGUGCCCUUGAUGACAGUUCAGAAAGCCUAAAGCAUGAAGGCAUUGCCGACUCUCCGAGCUUUAGCUUAGGUGAUGGUACUCCUCAAAUCAGCUCAGAGGAGAGCUAUAAACAUGAAGGUCUUGCAGAAACUCCUGAGACGAGCCCUGAAAGUCUCUCCCUCUCACCAAAGAAAAAUGAUCAGGAAACGUCAGAAAAGCAAGAUGCUGGAGAUCCUGUCAAAAUAGACAACGAGGACCAAAGUUUUCAGAAAAGCACACCUUCUGCACAGUAUGAAAAUGUAAUCUCAACUGAAGAAAUUUCUGACUUAAAGGUAACAAAGGAAUAUUUAGAUGCCACUGAUGCAGAACUAACUGCAGAUUCGGGUUGUGUUGAUUAUGAUGAAUUGCAAUUGACAGAAAUAACUCAAGCCACAUCUCUCGUAGAUGAAGUAGAUGAGCAGAGCACAAGUGAAUCUGUCUCUGCCCUUAAAGCUACAGAUGAUACCAGUGAAAAAGAUGCUUUUAUGCAGGAGGAAUCAGAAUCUUUGUUCCUUCAUGAUGGGCAUGAUGAUUCUUUGGAGAGUGGAUUCAAAGGCAAGGAGAGAAGCAUUUGUGUGUCAAUGUCGGAUGGAAAACCAGGAGCGUUAUUAGCCCCAGAUACUGCAGUGAAGGAAACUGAUCAAAAAAAUGCUUCACCAGUUGUAACUUCCAUUUCACCAGAGGCCACACCAAGAAGUCAACUAUUGGAUUUGUGUCUCACCGGAGUUUCACUUGAUACUGAUAAUCUUAGUCCAAUGGCAGAUGAAUCUUUGAUCAGCCAUAAGGAUUCUCUGGAGGGUAGUCCCACACAGGAUGAUAUUGAUACAACUUCACACAAAUCCCCAGAUUCACUGGAGCCAAGCCCCUUAAAAGAAUCUCCAUGUCCAGAUUCUCUCGAAAGUAGCCCAGUGGAGCAAAGGUUAAGUACAGCAAUCUCCAUGGCACUGAAGAGUGAAAAAGUGGCUCCUAUCGUGAUCACUGAGAAAAAAAGUGACAAAACUGAUAUUUCUUUGGAUUCUACAUCAGCCAGGAGUAGAAUUCUCAGAGAAAUGCGAGGAGAAGGACCCAUAAGCAGAGAAGCAAGGAAGCUUAUGUCACCUGAUGGGAGCACAGAGGAAGAUAGUUUGGACCAAGUGUCUCAAAUGGAAAGUUCAGGAAAGAGCCCUCUUUCACCUGAAACUCCGAGCUCUGAGGAGAUCAGUUAUGAAGUCACACCUAAAACACCUGACACGCAUAUACUCUCAGUUGCUGACAAGCCAAUUGUGAUUCCAGAAAUCCAAGAGGAAAUUGAUGAUGAUUCCCCUCCAGACAGUGAAUCAAAGAAAAGAUUUACACCAGAAGAGGAGAUGUUUAAAAUGGCAGCCAAGAUCAAAACAUUUGAUGAACUAGAGGAGGAUGCUAGAUUAAAACGUGAUGGUAAAAAGGAGCAGAAGUAUUGUGAUAUGUCGUCAACCCCUGCUAUAUCCAAUGUAGAAGAUGCAGAAGUUAUAGUUAUAUCUCAUGCCGAGCAUAGAAUGAGCUCCUCUUCUUCAGAAAGUGAGCCAGAACUAACUCAACUAAGCAAAGAGGCUGAAAGUGGACUGCUCAUGGAACCAGUUAUUCGAGUUAAGCCUCCUUCUCCACUCCUCCCUGUUUCUAGUCCUGAGGAUGCAGAAUUUCCUCCCAUACCGGACAAAAACUACACCUUUAAGAUAAUAGAUCACGAGAAAGAAUCAAGUGAACAAACAGGUGAUAGUGGCAUAACAGUAGAAAACAGAAGCGUGGACAAAGAUUGCGGUGUUUCAAUUGAUUCACAGGUUUCUGAAGCAGUGCCUUGUGACAAUGUUGAAACUCAUCAUUCCUCUGCAGUUCAUUCUUUUACAGCCACUGGUGAGUCUAUUGAAGAGCCAGUUUCUUCAGAAGCACCAGCUUUUGUGCCUGAGCUGCAAGAGGAAGAUAUUCUUACUGAGGAAGAUGUACAGCGUCUUGAGCAAGCUGCAGAAAAGCGAGAUGAACUGUGGGUCGAUAGCAGAUCUGAAGAAUAUCAAGCAAAAGCACAUGACCAGAGGCAUGAGGGCCAGGAUGGAAUGAUCGAAAAAUCUUCAUCACCUGUAAUUGACUGUGUGGAAUAUAAAGCAGCUCCUGCUGACGAAUCUGCAUUAAGUGACAUGCAUUCAAAAAAAGUAGCUGAGGAACAGCGUAGCGAAAUAAUAAUAACUGAGACAAAGCCGGAGCUUGAUGCUUGGAAUACAAUCAGAGAAGAUGAUGACGUAUUUGCAGCUCGUCUUAAAGAGGAAGAGCAGAAAAUAUUUGGCCUAAUGGUUGACAGACAAUCUCGUGGUACAACUCCUGAUACCACACCAGCAAGAACUCCGAUUGAGGAUGGUACACCAACCAAUGAACAAAACCCAUUCCUAUUUCAAGAGGGAAAAUUGUUUGAAAUGACCAGAAGUGGUGCCAUUGAUAUGAGCAAAAGGAGCUAUGGAGAUGACGGCUUCCAUUUUUUCCAAAUUGGAGAAGAUCAGGAUGCUGAGGCUUUAAUUGAAGCGUCAAAAAUGGAAGGAAGUGAGGAUGAGGUGAAGUCUCUUGAAACUGAGAGCGUGACUGAUGGAGUACUCAACCUUUCUCAGACUGAGAUUCAAUCUGCUUCAAUGUCAGAUUCACCACCCACUAUUGAUGCAGCUCUUCAAUCCCCUAUUGAGUUUAGUUGCACUGAUGAACAAAUAGCCACAAAAAAUGAGCAAAAAUCGAGAAUUCCAAUCAAAAUGGGCAUUUCUGCAUCUGCCAAAUCUUCAAAAAAAGACACUGCAGCACCUGAAGUGGCUGAAGUAAAACCUUUCAUCUUAAAUGAUGAAGUAGAUAUUGUUGCUCCCAAGGCAUCUGCGAAUAAUGUCCAGUUGGACUUUUCUACAGUGACAAUAUCUUCACAACAGGCUGUUAGGAGUGACGAUGAUUCAUCAGACUCAUCACCUGAAGAGCAACGUUCAGUUAUUGAAAUUCCUACUGCAAUUAUUCAACAAACCUACCAGACAGAGGCAAAAUCAAAGUUACCUGUCAGACAUACUGCAGUUGUAACUGCAAUUCCUCGUGUACCAACUGCACCCGUAGAUAAGGCAUCUUCAUCUUCUGCCAGUGUUCAGGAAGGAUCUACAGAUGAUGUAGUAAAAUCAAAAUCUAGAAUUCCUGUUAAGGCCGUUGCACACAGAAUAGACCACCAUUCGUCACCAAUGUUACCAGACAUGAAAAAGACUUCAGAGACCAUUAAAAUCCAUGAGGUUAAAUCUAGGUUGCCAGUAAGACAGGAACCACGGAGCAAGUCUGAGUCAGAUGCCAGUAAUUCUGCUGAGAUGAGAAGUAAACUUCUUAAUAAGGGGAAGAGCUGUGAUACCGAACCUGAUGCAAAAGAACCUGUGUCCCAAUUUUUCAUUGGAUCAGAAACAUCUGAAAGUAAUAAACCAAAAUCAUUCCAAUCAAGACUUCCAGUGAAGACCAAAUCUAGUUAUAGUUCACAAGCUGCUACUGGUUAUACUAAGGGCAGCAAAGAUACAUUUUUAGAACUUUAUAAACAUUCAAUUGAAUUUUUUGAAGAAAUAAGUGAUGAGGCUUCAAAGUUGGUGGAUCGUUUGACAGAGGAAGAGCGAGAACAUGAAGUGUUAUCAGAUGAUGAUAGCAGUGCUGUAGAUAGUUCUAUUAUAGAAACUGAGCAGCCCAGUGAAGUACACCAGCCUCUUCCAGAAGACCUGUUUGAUGUGAGGCCAAUCUGGGACGAAUCUGUUGAAACCCAAAUUGAAAGAAUUCCUGAAGAAAAUGGCCAUGAUCAUUUUGAAGCCGUGGAUGCUCAGGAGGACUCUGAAAGAGCUGAGCAACGACUCUAUCUUAUUGCUGACCACCUUGGUUUCAGCUGGACAGAGCUGGCCAGAGAACUGGACUUCAGUGAGGAACAGAUUCAUCAGAUCAGAAUUGAAAAUCCUAAUUCAUUAGUGGAUCAGAGUCAGGCACUCUUGAAAUAUUGGAUGGAAAGGGAUGGCAACUGUGCCUCAGAUGAAAAACUAAUGCAGAUAUUGAACAAAAUCAAUCGAAUGGAUAUUAUCAACCUACUAGAAACCACACAAACUUCACCCAGUAGAGACCAUAUUUCCCGAACCUAUGCAGAGAUUGAGCAGACAAUGGCUCUAGAUCACAGUGAAGGUUUCUCUGCACUUUCUGAUGAUCUGUGCAGUCCAAAGAUCACACGACUGGGACACCAAAUUUCUAAAGAGCAUUCCAGCCCAAGAGAACGACAUGCCGAGGGAGCACAGCCCCCUCUUGUGUUGGAGGAAGAUAGCUCCAUCAGUUGUGGAAAGCCUCAAGAAGCCAGCCCACAGGCUAGGACACAAUCCAAAGACCAAGAACUAUCCAUCUCGGAACUCUUAAGACAAGCUCAGAAUGAGAUAAAAACUGAAGCCCAAAAUACAUCACUUCCUGACCUUCAAAAGGAAAAAUCUAUAAUGAAGGAUCAAGAAUCUGCAUUUUCUGGUGAAGAUACUGAGUUCUCUAAAGGAAAGUCCAAGGAACUAGACAAAUGUGAUGCCCACGAUGAUGAAGAGGGAGAUGAGGGGAGUACAGAACUAGUCACCCUGAGAAUAGAUGAACAAAGUCCAAUUAUACAGGAGGCUGGUGAAGGCUUACAAGCUGUCCAGGCAGCUGGUGCCACUAUAGUAGAAACAACCGAGGAACAACCAGAGAACAUUAAGAGAUCUUUUGAGGAGGAAUCGCUAGAAAAGGAGAUAGUGGAAGAGCUGGGGGAACGGGAGAGCAGUUCUGAUGAGGAGAUUGUAACCACCAGGGUCAUCCGUCGACGGGUGAUCAUUCAGGCCGAUGAUAUGCCCGAUAUCCAACCGGAGUCGGUCACAGAAGAACAAUAUACGGAUGAGCAUGGAAAUACUAUUGUGAAAAAGGUUACCAGGAAGAUUAUUAGGCGCUUAGUUUCACCUGACGGCACUGAAAAGGAGGAAGUAAUAAUGCAAGGAGCAGAGCAAGAGCCAAUUGAAAUUGAAAAUGGUGACAGAUAUUCGAAAGUUUUAAAGCGGACUGUACUAAAAAGUGACAGUGAGCAGACAGAGAUGACAUUUACAGAACCACAAGCGGCCUCUGGAUCUGAAUUCCAGUCAGAGCACGUUGAGGGUCGGAGAGUCAGUCGGGUCGUCAAAACAACAGUGGUCCAUGGAGACAGAAUGGAGAAGCAUCUUGGAGACCCCAAGCUGGCCGCCGACCUUCCAACAGCCAAAGAUGAUUUUAACAUGGCUCUUAGUUUCGCAGGGAACCAAGGAAAGGUUCACAUUCCAAAUGUAGUGCAGAGAGAGAUUGUAAAAGAGGAUGGAUCUGUAAUUAAAAGGGUGACCAUGAGUAAAGCCAGCACACAGAAGAGGACUGUGGUGGAGGAUCGGGAAGGGAAACAUAUUCACGAAGAACAGCUGGAGGAUGUGCCUGAAGCACUUCAGAAAGAUGACCUGAAAUUCGACCUACAGCAACUUCUCGGUCGCUUUUGCAGUGAGGACUGGAAACAGGAAAAAAACUAAAUAGCUCAAAUUGCGCAUUACCUGUUAUGUUACAACUGCACAGUUUGCUCACAUGAAGAAAUUGCAUAUUGUUAUUUCCAUCUAAAAUCACUGGCAUAGCUGUGUGGAAAGCAUAGAUCUGAAUUAGCCUUUUAUCGUAAGUAAAUUUGUGACCAAAGAUGGCAUCCAAAUCUCGGAUGACUAAUACUGUUUGAACAUUAGAUCUUCCUGAUAUGCCAGUUUUAGGAACAUGCUAAAGUUGCUUCCUGCAAACUCUGGCAACAAUGUCAAAAUCCAGAAAAUACUUCAGCCACAGGCCUCUUCCCAUUUUCUGUCGCAGAAGGACUUUCUAAACAAAAUGUGUAAAUAGCAAAACUGUUUUGGCUUGUGAAACCAAGACCGCCUAUCUUGACCAUAAAAUUGCCACCAAACACAAGGUCCUUUUCUUCAUUGCCGAAUUGACUAAGUGUCGCCACCGUAACAGAAUGUGAGUGUGCAGGCCUAGUGGGGAGCACGUAAACAUUUUACAGUCCCUCAAAGCUUCUCAAAACGUAAUAAAUAUGCUAGCACCUGCACUUAUCGUAUCAGACAUUUCUCCAUUAAUUGCAUUAGUAUGAAUUAAGCAAUGGGCGUGGCAAGCUCCAUUUGAUGUGCAUUCAUGCCGCCAUACAGGUUUCCAGAAAUUUGCAACUUUCUUCACUGCUUUCACCAACACACAUAGUCUUGUAUCUGUGAUCUACUACUUUCUACUGGCACCUGCACUGUAGAUAACUGGAACUGAGAUUAACCUAACAAGAAAAGUGAACAGAGCCCUUUGGUUAUUUCAGCAGUAUGUAACAAGACUGGCUUCUUUUUGUACAUGCAUGUAGUAUUUAUAGCUGUUGUAAUCAUCUAUACGGUUGUUUAAACAUCUUUGCAUUGAGAAAAAGGUUCAGCUUGUUGUCUCAACAUAAAGCGACAAACAAAAAAGGAACCGAAUAUGAUAAAUAUGUGGUAUUUUUAACUGUUCCAGUCUACCCUUCAAUGUAUUCAUAAGAUUUUAUUUUAGUUUUUUUUUAAGUUAUUAUAGUACAGAAAGUUGCUAAUAUGAGGACAAUAUUCAUUGAGUACUCAAGAAGUUAAAUCAGUCUAUUAUUUACUCCUCCAAUCAGUGCAGGCAGAAUAUCCGUUUUCUGUUAUGUCAGUGUCAAGGCCUGUACUGAGUGAUGAUAAAAACCAACAGAGAGAGUGUGUAUUGUUCUGGCUAUGCCAUGUGGUGUUACUUGCAGCGCAGAUGAUGUCUCUGUAAUUACAUUUUUAUCUCUAUCUUUUUAUUUGCUGUGUAAUCAAAGAACUUCAGAACAGUGAGAAGUGGAUUUUAAGUUGAUGAAUCAGCAUCUUGUUCCCAUGGUGAUAACAAAUAUUGUAUAUGAUAUCUAUGAGGGCAUGUAUUAGGAUAAAGGUAAAUGGAAGAAAAAUUAAAACACUAACAAAUACAUAGCAACUGCAAUGUGUAAAAUGGCUGAUUUAAUUAAAAUAAAAUGUACAAGU